GUGGUACCCAGGCAGCCCUACUGCUUUGGGAUGGGGUUUUCUUCUCAUGAAGAAAUGUGUAUCUCCAAUCUCAUUUCCAGGCUCCUGCAUGGUUCGUGAUGCUUCAGGAAAUAGGACUGACAUAGGUGUGCAGAAUGGGAGCUGCCUGGGCGCAGUGUGCCAGUGUGGCUGGGAUUUGGGAUUUCAGCAGUUGCCGAGAGCAAAGGUCCUGCCACUUCGGGCUGUCUAAUCACUACCAGGCCAUGAGCAUGGUGUCUGUCUUCAGUCCCCUGACAUCUUCUGCUAUCUUCAGUAUCACUCUGUUCUUUGCCCUUGCCUGCUUUGUUUCAGCCCCCAAAGUUUUCCAGGGCUCUCCCUCCUGGGCUCUCUGCUCUGCCCAUCCUGCUCCUCCUCACUUGGUGGGUAGCACUCAUGGCUGUGUUGCUUAUCCUUCUGCUGUUGCUGUAUAUAUUCUACAAAAAACCUGGUGAGUGGGAUGGGGGCUAGGA